GACCUUGAGCGCUGCCAGGCCAUCAUCUUAACCUGCAGGGAACGGGAAGCUGGGGGAAGCGACACCGAGAAAACGAUCGCAUCAAAGAGGCCAGGAAGGACACGGAAAGCAGGGUAGAGCCUUCGCGCACAGCCUCCGGCUGGCCGCUCCCCACCCAAACCAGCCCCCAGGAACGCGCGUCCCGACACCCAGUCCAGCUACCACCGCGGACAGCGCGCCACUAGCUGCAGUGAGGCCCGGGGCGGUUCCGCCGGGACCCCCCACCAAAACCCGCCGGACCGCCCGGAUGUGCACUAAAAUGGAACAGCCCUUCUACCACGACGACUCAUACACAGCUGCGGGCUACGGGCGAGCCCCUGGUGGCCUCACUCUACACGACUACAAACUCAUGAAACCGAGCCUGGCGCUCAACCUGGCAGACCCCUACCGAAGCCUUAAAGCUACCAGUGCGCGGGGUCCCGGACCGGAGGGCAGCAGCGGCAGUUACUUUCCCAGCCAGGGCUCGGACUCGGGCGCGUCACUCAAGCUAGCUUCGUCGGAGCUGGAGCGCCUGAUCGUCCCCAACAGCAACGGAGUGAUCACGACGACGCCCACGCCACCGGGACAGUACUUUUACCCCCGUGGGGGUGGCAGCGGCGGAGGUGCGGGGGGUGCUGGAGGAGGCGUCACUGAAGAGCAGGAGGGCUUCGCCGACGGUUUUGUCAAAGCUCUGGACGACCUGCACAAGAUGAACCACGUGACGCCCCCAAACGUGUCUCUGGGCGCCAGCGGGGGUCCCCCGGCUGGACCCGGCGGGGUCUAUGCGGGCCCGGAGCCGCCUCCGGUCUACACCAACCUCAGCAGCUAUUCUCCCGCUUCUGCACCCUCUGGAGGUGCCGGGGCAGCCGUUGGGACUGGGAGUUCGUACCCGACGGCCACCAUCAGCUACCUCCCACACGCGCCACCCUUUGCCGGCGGCCACCCUGCGCAGCUGGGCCUGGGCCGCGGCGCCUCCACGUUCAAAGAGGAACCACAGACGGUGCCGGAGGCGCGCAGUCGCGACGCCACGCCGCCUGUGUCUCCCAUCAACAUGGAAGAUCAGGAGCGCAUCAAAGUGGAGCGCAAGCGGCUGCGGAAUCGGCUGGCGGCCACCAAGUGCCGGAAGCGGAAGCUGGAGCGCAUCGCGCGCCUGGAGGACAAGGUGAAGACACUCAAGGCGGAGAACGCAGGGCUGUCGAACACGGCCGGCCUCCUCCGGGAGCAGGUGGCCCAGCUCAAACAGAAGGUCAUGACCCACGUCAGCAACGGCUGCCAGCUGCUGCUCGGGGUCAAAGGACAUGCCUUCUGAGCGCCCCCUCCCCCCGUACGGACACCCCCUCCAGCCUAGACGGCUGGGCGCACGCCUCCUAGGGGGGCGAGGAAGCAGAAGAUGGACAGCCGCCCCGGGGCCUGGGGGCGCCACAAACUACACUGGACUCCAGCCCGCCGGCUCCCGCCCAAUCCUUCCACCUCGACGUUUACAAGCUCCCCCUUACACGGUUUUUUCUUCUGUAUGUUUCUCCCUCCCCCCUUUUUUCUGCUGGAAACAGACUCGAUUCAUAUUGAAUAUAAUAUAUUUGUGUAUUUAACAGGGAGGGGAGGAGGGGGCGAUCGCGGCGGAGCUGGCCCCGCCGCUCGGUACUCUAGCCCGCGGGAACACUGGGGAGGGGACCCCGCCCCCUGCCCUCCCCCUCUGCACCGUACUGUGGAGAAAAAACACGCACUUGGUCGCUAAAGAGUUUAUUUUAAGAUGUGUUUGUGUGUGUGUGUGUGCGUUUGUUGUUCUUUUUAUUGAAUUUAUUUAAGUAAAAAAAAUGGUUCUUUA